GUCUAACGAGAAGCCUAAGUAUAACUUCAGAUGAAAAGUCGUUUGAAACAGCACAAGGAGAGAAAGUUACAUUGCCGUGUACAUUUGUACUCUCAGAAGAAGAUGAAGGCCCGCUAGAUAUUGAGUGGGUAUUAAUACCAGCAGAUAAUCAAAAGAAGGAGCAAAUAAUAAUUAUGUAUGCUGUAAACAGGAUUUAUAAUCAUUAUUAUGCUGCUAUGACGGGGCGGAUGCAGUUUACUAAUCCUGAUCCCAGAUCUGGUGAUGGUUCGUUGGAUAUCCUGAAUUUAAAGUCAGCAGACACUGGCACGUACCAGUGCAAAGUGAAGAAGGCUCCUGGAGUUCAAAGCAGAAAAAUACAGUUGACUGUACUUGUGAAGCCAGCAAGAACUAAAUGUUCCAUUGAAGGAUCACAGGAGAUUGGAAAAGACGUUAUCUUGAAAUGUGCAUCACAAGAAGGAUCCCCACUUCUGUCUUACGACUGGAGGAGAGUAUCUGGCACACAGGAACUUCCUGCCACUUCUAUGCUGAAUAAAAAUACAGGGGAACUUCUCUUGAAAAAUGCCUCUCAAGUCUAUUCUGGUACAUACAAUUGUGUUGCCUCAAACAGAGUUGGCACGGAUGAAUGUUCUGUUGAGCUGAAUGUCACCCCUCCUAUAAAUACAGCUGGUAUAAUUGCUGGAGCUGUUAUAGGAACUCUGCUGGGUCUUUCUGUAUUGGCUUUUCUCGUCUUCUGUUGCUGUAAGAAACACAGAGAGAAGAAGUAUGAGAAGGAAGUACAUCACGAUAUCAGAGAAGAUGUUCCACCUCCAAAAAGUCGCAGUUCAACAGCCCGCAGCUACAUAGGCAGCAAUCGCUCCUCUCUGGGUUCCAUGUCUCCCUCAAAUAUGGAAGGAUAUACCAAAACUCCUUAUAGUCAAGUCCCAAGUGAAGACUUUGAACGUACUCCUGGUCAAAACCCAACCUUUGCACCUUCAAAGGUAGCUGCACCUAAUUUAAGUAGAAUGGGAGCUGUUCCUGUGAUGAUUCCAGCACAAAGCAAAGAUGGGUCCAUAGUAUAAAAUAUUAUUAAUUUAAAUGCUGUUUUUUAAGUGUUCAUUGUAAGUAUUAGAGAAAACUACCGUGUUCCAUCCCUCAUUUAAACAAUGGCAUGCAAUUUUCCUUGAAGAAAUUGAAUGAAUUAGUUUGAAAAGCCACCAGUUCUCAUUUUUAAUUUUAAACUUAUUAGUAUAUGACAGUUGAACUAUUUGCUAAAAGCUUUGAAGUUCCUAAAUAAAUAUCGGACAC